GGCGCAUGCGCGUUGGGAUGAUGGGAAUUUCCAACAGCUGAGGAGGCGUAGCUAGCCACUGCUAGCACUUGUUUAAAGCUUGGAGGGAGCUCCGAAGAAUCACACGAUCAUGAUGUGUCUGCAAGAUGAGUGACCUUGAACUCUGCACAUGCUGAAACCAAGGAUUCAACUCUGCAUCAACAGUGUGAAGAAAAAGCUCCUCCUGACCUCAACUCGCACGACAUAGGCCUGUUUGUCUGGAAACAAGAACAGGCUUUGAGCCAGUACCAUAGAUGCCUGUAAGAAAGCAUCCCUACAGACUGCAGCCUAGCUACGCCAACUAAAAGCACCAGACAACUGCAUCUCUUGUUUAAAGGAUGUGCUGCUGAUUGGACACAAAGUCUCAUUCCUCUUCCACCUCUCCAAAACGCUAUUAAUGUUGAGUGUGUGCCAGCGUGUACGGUGAAUAAUGGUGACCAAAAAUGGUGCUUGAAUGUGGCAUCCUGGUGCAGGGUAUGCUAAAAGGGGUGAGGCUCUCUCAGAAAAGUAUGUAACAGCUGACUGAUAGUCCGCUGUAGAUAAUGGAUGCCAAGUUAAAAGAGGACCUGUUUCGGAGGUAUGUGACGGCACUGGAGAGGCGUCUGGAGGAGGAAUACACAUGGAUUGGAACUGCACCAGAGGGGGACAAAGGGAGGCACAAGGACAGCGAGGCUCUACUCUCCACAGCCACAGCUCUGCUAGGGGCCUACCAGCCAGACCCAGGACAACGUUUCCGGAUGGUGCGUUUCUAUGAGGUGGUGGAGAAUUCUCUCCGCUGUCAGAGAGGGGGCAACCUCAAGAGCCUGGAGAGAGCCUUCCACACGCUGGAAACCAUCUGCACCAACCUCUUGCUUUUCCCCUGGAAGAAGGAGUUCAGAUGUAUAAAGACCUUCACUGGCCCAUACGUGUACCAUCUGCAGUCUGCCAUCUCUGAUGCUGAACUCCGAUCUCUAAUGCGCAUCAUCGGCUACACCUGUGACCAUGAUUCGCAGUUCCAUUUGCAGGAGCACCCAGGAGGCACAAAUCAUCUCCGCCAGUUGGCGUUUGAGCUCUUCCUGGCCCAGGCUGAGUGUCGUCUUCUGGGAGAGGUAGUGGCUCUGGCCCGUGGUUCAGCCUCAGAGCUGGAGGCCCUGGAACUCCGCAGAGGUUGCAGAGAUGAUGCAGCUGGCUGUGCCGAGGCGCUGCGCAGACGCGACAGCCUUGGGGCAGAUAUGGCUCGGCUGUCUGUGCGGCCGUUGGAUAUAGAGAGGCCUCAUGCCCACCACCUGAGGCGAGGUAGCCGACCGUCUAAGUCUGUGGAUGUUACAGAUGGGGCUGGUCACUGGCACGCAGCAGUUAGCAAGCCUGUCUUGAAGGCCUCAUUGAGUCUGAGGAAGGAGCCUCUGUUUGUGGAUGCAGAGGAGGAUAUGAAGGAUGAGAUCAUCAGGCCCAGCACCUCAGCAUCUCUCUUCUCUGUGGCAGCUCCACCUUCUUAUAGCCCUAUUGCGGAUUUCUUCCCAAUUCAGUCACCUCCCCCGGCUGAUGCUUACACAUCCUACCAUUUGUCCUCUUUGGAUGAGAUUGACUUGUACACAGAGAGGGGUGGUGCCGGGACAGGAGGAAGGCAGACCCCUUCUCGACCUCCAUCCAGAGAGCCUCGGGAGGCAAGGGAUGGGUGGCUGCUCAAAGGUCAUGGUAGUGUGAAGUGUCAGGGCUGUGGGCUCGGCUGCUCCUCUAUGGCCUCCUGCCAGAGGUGUGACAUGAUCCUCUGUUCUGCCUGUCAUGACGUGGACCCCUCCCCUUGCUGCGGCCUCCAGGACUACCACCCCAAAUCACCACGACCCCUCGAUGGAUACAUUCCUGUCAAGGAAAAGCUCUCUGUCUACUCUAAUACUCACUCCCACUCCCAUCUCCAUCCGCACCCCCUCACACUGACCCACUCACACUCUCACCCCCACCCUCACCCCCAGAUGGUGGAGAAACCCCUCAUGUCCACUAAGCUGUUUCCAAGCAAGUCUGUUGCCUUGACAACACCAAAGGGAGGCAGCAGCGAGCGUUUAAGCAUGGGGGGAUCGCGAUGCGGGUUUUGCAACAAGCCAGGUGCAUCUCACACCUGUGUGAACUGCUCUAAGGUGUCAUGUGACUCGUGCAUGGGCUUGUAUGCAAAGGAUAUAUGCACACGAAAGAAUCCCCAGCACAGCUUUGUGCCCAACCAUCAGCUCAACUUCAAAUCCGGCACCAUAUCUCACCUGGUGUACCGAUGAAUCAGGCAGACAGAAUAUUUGUUUCUCCUUCUAGUUCCCUCCCUUAACCCGCUGCGUAGUCUUGCACUAUUGCUUUAGCUCUGUUCCCGUUUAAACAACUCACUCACUAUCUUCCCCUUUAUCUGAUGGUCUUAUUGCUCUCUCUAACCCUCUCUUGAACUUUGUACAUUUUCUCUUACUGUCAGUAGGGCCCUGGAAUGCACAUUGCCACAGAGAGCCAUAUCGUCUGCCCAUCUCUCUGCCUUGUACAAGUUCAGGCCUUUUAUCUAUUUCUUCUUCCUUUUACCUUGCUACCUGCUCUUGAAUAGUCAUGUGAUGUUGUAGCGCUUCCCAAAUUCCUCAAAUGUUGUCCUCUUCAAAAGGGAAACUGGAGAAAAGAGUUUAAUUCCUUCUCAUUUUGAAUGAAUUCUGUCCAAAUGAACAUAUAUACUUUGCCUAACUUCUCAGCUAAAAAUUCCUAUAAUAUAUAAAAUAUAUAUAUACAGUAUAUAUGUACGUGUGAGUGUGUGUGUGUGUGUGUGUGUGUGCGUGUGUGUGGAAAAGACCUCUGAGCUUGCAUUGUGACAAAGGAGAUCUUUUUAAACUUGAAAAAUAGUAGGGAAAAACAGAGAAAACAUACACUGGAAGUCAAUAAGUCAAUAGUAUAUAUUUUUAAUCUCUAUUCUCUAGAACAAUGUGAGACUGUUAAAUGGGCAUGAGGUCUGUCAUUGGGACUUUUGGGGUAUAAAUUUGGGUCUGUGGGUGCGGGGCGGGAGAUAUCUCAAAGGGAAAUAUUGAGACAAUGGUCAGAUGCCAUAUAUUCUAUUUAAAGAUUAUGCCUUGUAAAUUAACCGUCAAUUGUUUCUGGUUAUAUGACUGAGGUUUAAAUGCUGCUGUUGACUUGAGACGUUGAAGAUGUGUGGCGUUGACUUUUUUCUGGUAAAUAGCCUGUUGAGUUGUGUCAGUUCCAAGCCCCCUCCCCCCUUCCCCUCCUCUUUCAUUACACUCCUUAAGCCACCAUGGUCCAUGAUGUUGUAGUGCACCCUUACCAGAUCAGUGGUUUCCCGUCAGUCUCAGGUGGAGUUGCAGGAAGUCUCAUGCUGGGCCACAAAUCUAUUAUGAUUAUGGUUCUUUGACAGUGUGUGAGGUUAUUGGUUGGUUUUAGACAGUAUGAAAGUGUAUACUCUGACACGGUUUCUGUCUACCUCAAAUGGCUUCAGCUUAUAACACCCAGUUCGACAUUGUGGUUUCAAACUAGCCCUAAAAACCUAAGGAACAUUCUUUUUUUUUUUUAUUGCAUUAUUCUUCUCUAAUUUGCAACUUGUGUUUUUGCUGAAUAGAGGACAUCUCAUCUUACAAUCAGCUGAUUUAAUCACCUUUAGAGGUUAGCCGAAGUUAUUUAUUUUGUGACAUAAUCCUGGGCUUUGUCGUCUCAACUAUUUAGCUUUCUGUUUACAGUUUCUUUAUUUACUGGGGGGACACAGAAACAUGACCACCUGGAAAUUAUGAUACGAUUCAAUAAGUAGCCCCGUGAUAAAAAUAUUUAGUGAAGCUUAAGCUGUAAAAAAGAAAGAAAAACUUUAGUUUUAUGGUCGAUUUUGAGCAUGUUGCUGUGUUGUCUGAACCACAGUGGUUUGGACCAGUCAGUGUCCUUUGAAGAACUACUAGCAGUGUGACGCAGUGAGAAGCGACUUGUUUGUGGCUCCUAAAGGGGUUAUCUUAGAUGUCGCUAUAGCAUCGGUUAUGUCAGAACUAGAGAGUUUAUUCAUUGAAAGAAGAGCAAAUAACAACAGUGAAGGCUUUUCUUGAUUUAAAAAUAAGCUUUCUCUCUUCUCCUUACUGGUUCGUUGAUCUGCGAUAGUGAUAGAUGGUUCAUCCAGUCAGCUGCCAAGUCUUUUUUUGAAAGUGCCUGCCCUUUUCCAGACGACUUCCUAGGUUAUGUGUAACAAACCUCUCUCACAGAGUUAAAAAUUUAGCUUCACACAGUUAGUGUUUUAUCACAUGGCUAUAUUUUACUGGGAUUCAUGUUAUUGUGUCCACCUGCCUGUACAGCAUGGUGAUUGCCAAUGUGUAGUCAUUUAAGUUUGGGGCGACUUUCCCAGUUAUGUGUUAUGGCACCCUGAGUUAUUUUGCAUAUGUUGAGACCAUGGAUGUGCUCUUUAAGGCCCGUGAUUUUGAAGUGAUUGGAAAAUGUAUUGUUUUACUUCAAAGGGCCGGGCUGUCAUGUGUAAAGAAACUCCGCUAACAUGUUAACUGAGUGUUGUAACUUUUGAGAAUACCUUUAGUGAUUAUCCAUGCAAGAAGAUAAUUAUAAGUCACAGAGGGCUAAUUUAAAAUCACAUUUAAUAAUAAAAAAAUAAAAAAAAGUCUGGGUUAUUUUGACAGGACGUUUAGGCAACCUUAGCCUUUAUGUUCUGUCAGGAAUAACCUCUAAAUGCCUUAAGCUCGUUCAGCUGAGUAUUUUACGUUUUCAGUGUCGUCAUGUACAUUGCUUUGUGUUUUUACCAGCCUGUAGGUUAAACAUUAACACUGGUUUGCCAGGCUGCAUGAACUAAAUACAGAACUUGUUCACUGACAGCUAAGAGUAGAAUUCAAAGGAAUUGAAAAAUACAAGUAUGGAUUAACCUCACAGAGCGUAUUGAAUCGCGCAUACUGACAGAAUUAUGCAGCAAUUCACUCUUUGCAGACCUAUAUAUAUAUAUAUAUAUAUAUAUAUAUAUAUAUAUAUAUAUAUAUAUAUAUAUAUAUAUAUACAUACACCAUGUGCUUACAGGGGUUAAUGUCUAUAACCAUGUUCUGCCUGGAAGUCAAGUUUCAUAUUACCUAAACACACAAGUUUGGUGUGAGUGAUUUCUGAUCUCUCACUUCUGCUCAUUCCUUCCCUUUAAAACUGAGUUUUGUGUUUUGUGUCUUUAUCAUGAUAAACAACAUAAAGAAGGGAUGUUUUGAUACUGUUUGGAUGUAGCUUAAGAGAGAUCUUGGGUCAACAUUAGCUAACGUGGGUAUCACAAAAGUCUUGAGUGACCUUAGGGGAGGUGUGCAAUUGUUUAUUUUUCAUCUAAUGAAGCCUUUCUAAAUAGUUUUAAUAUUUAUCAUAGAUAUAUUUCCGUCUGUUCAUCGCACAUCAUACCAGCAACAAAGAUGACUUUCAGAAGUAUUGAGCCAUGUUGCAAGAGCGAUCAUAUUGCCAAAUGAAGAACAAAUAUCUUAUUGGAGUUGAAAACAAAAUCUUGUUGCUUUCCCAGAUGUACAGUUGAUGUAACAUAAAUCUGUGGUUUUGCUAAAGUUUAGCCUUGUGUCUGUAGAUGUUGGCCUUUUCAAGAAGCCUAGAAAGAGAAUCAUCAACAUAGAUACCUACUCGCACACCAUGGGACGUGGAUUUGAACUGGAUCAGUGGACUGAUCAUUUGUGUAGGUCACUACAAAGGGCUAAACAGUCUUCAGGGCUGCUGCUAAGUAUGGACACUGUUUUAAUCUUUUGGUGAACAACAGACUCGUCAUAGGUAAAUACCUGAUGUGGAGCUUACUUUACAUUCGUCAGUGGAUAUGAGUACCUGAUGUUGGAAAUACAAAAGAGCUAUUUUUAUUUUGUGUCAUGGAAUACAUUGAGCCAUUUGAACAUAAUUGGUUUAACCCACACCAGACACACUCAAGUCAUUGUGGAAGUCAAUACUCCCUUUACCUCUUUGUGUGGUUAUCUUACUGAUGUUAACAGUGGUGGUGUAGUUAGGCAGCCCCUUUACCAUUCCUAUUUCCCUAACCCUUUCUUGGCAUGCUCUGUACAUGGCCCAAACCCAUACCUCUUCUCCCUCAAACCUACAUGUACCCCCCUCCCCCCUUCCACCUUGGCACUGAGGAUCAUUGCACAAUGUCUAUGUGAAGGGGUAUGGACCUUAUGAUCAAUAUGUGGGCAUACAUGGGGGUGGAAAGGGAAAAUAGCCAAAAUUGUUAAUCGGUGAAAAUAUAUAUAUAUAUAUAUGUGCGUGUAUAUAUAUAUGUAUGUAUGUGUGUGUAUAUGUAUGUAUAUAUAUACACAUAUAUAUAUAUAGAAACGUAAAUGAGAUUUUAUAAAAUAAUUUAAAGAAUAAAAUUCUGAAAAAAAGGUUUCUGCCUUGUGUUUUUGGGUGAUUGAAACUUGGUAUGUAGUACGAUCAAACGGUUGCAAUGCAUUGUGUUCACAGAGUUCAGUCUGUUUGAAUUACUAUGAAUUUUUAGUUUUUAGAAUUGCGUUAGCCAUUCAGAUCCUGUAAGUUUUGUAACUUAAGCCCAUUUCUCCUAUCUUCCAGGCUGCCAGUUUGAUUUUGAGUUUGCCGGCUGCUCAUUUCUGCAUUGGUUGUUUUUCUCCUGUAUGACCAGCAGAUGGCGACAAAUACGCACGAAUAGACAGACUGAGGCUGCAUUAAAUACUCCACCCUAUCUAACUUAACAUAUAUGUCUCAAAGUAGGACUUUCCUGGAUUUUAUUUCUUAGCUGGAUCUACAUUAGUGUUAUAUUUAUAUGAAAUACUUUAAUGAUCAGCUAUACAGGAUUUGCAGUGUUUCCCUCAUCUCAGACUGACAUGAACAAAGUCAACCACAGAGUAAAAAGACAAACCCCUUUCCUCUGGAUGUUGUUCCCCUCUGUCUUUGACAUUGGCUGUUGCAUGAUACAGUGUACUAUAAACGUCAAUAACAAAGUAAUAAAAGUGCAAAUGCAAUAAGUUAAAUUAUCCUUUAUUAAUCCCUGUAGGGAAAUAAAUACUCUGCAUCUUACCCAUCCUAAGUACUAGUAGCAGUGCAAUACUGCUUUUCUGUACAGUUGAAGAAAGGUUUAGCCAAGUCAGUCUUUAUGUGUGUAAUGUUUUCCACUACUUUGAGGAGAAGACAAGAUGUCUCGAGAGCAUAUUUUACUGCAACAAAACAAUGUGACCGUUGCAGCUAGAGAGAGGAAAUAGACUGGUUCCAUUAUUAAAUUAGUAUCUUUGGUUCAAAUGGAGUAUCACAAACUACUUAAACAACAAUUGUAUGAACCAGUGGUAGGAAACCUGCAGCCAUUCUCCAGUAGUUCUCUGUGGCUUUGACAAAACAUAACAACGGUAAUUUAUUAUUUCAUUUUCAGUUUCAUUUAUCGAUGUUGUAGGCCUAAUGUGACUCUUACAUUCAGCUGUAUAAAUGUGUAGCCAGACCAAAUAAACUGUUUCAACAUUUGGUCAACUAAAA